CAUGGUUCAUAAAUUUAUAUUAAUAACUGGUUGCGAUAGCGGUUUUGGUAAGGCUACAGCCUUGAAAAUGGAUUCGAUUGGUUUUAAAGUAAUUGCUGUUUGUCUAACUGAGCCUGGUGUAGAUUAUCUUCGGUUAAACAGUACAGUAAAACCGUUUAAAUGCGAUAUUAGUAAUAGAGAAGAUGUUAAAAUUUUGCAAAGAGAAAUUGAACUAAUUCUAAAUGAGAAUAGUAAUAGCGUUUUAUGGGCAAUUAUUAACAACGCUGCAAUUUCUGGUGUUGCUGCACCAUUUGAUUGGUUUGAAGAUACUUCAGAUUUACAAAAAGUUAUUAAUGUUAAUUUAAUAGGAACAGCAAAUUUAACUUUACAGCUUUUAGAUUUUAUCAAGCAAAGUAACGGUCGUAUAAUAAAUACCGCAAGUUUUUUGGGUAGAUUGGCAUUUCCGUUUUCUUGUUCAUAUUCCUCAUCGAAGUUUGCAGUUCAAGGUUUUACCGAUAGCCUAAGAAGAGAGAUGAAACUCUGGAACGUGAGUGUACAUACUGUAGAACCCGGUUAUUUUUUAACACCAAUGACACAAAUUUCGGCGGCUACAAAGAGAAAAUUUAAUAAUCUAUCUGAAAACCUUCAGAAGGCCUAUGGAGAGAAGUUUGUUGAGAAACUUCUAGGAGAAGAGCGCCAUUUUAUGAAAUUUUUUGCUCAUAAAGACUUGAGCCCUGUAAUUGAUACUUACAUACAUGCCGUAUCUGCAAAAUAUCCUAGUUUUAAAUUAUCUUUUGAAGAAGGAGAAGGAGAAGAAGGAACAGAAGAAGAAGAAAAAGAAGAGGAAGAAGAAGAGGAGGAGGAGGAGGAGGAAGAAAAGCUAAUUAAACAUCCAUAG